AUGUCGCAUACCGAUUCCCAAAGAUAUCUUAGUACGCGAGGAGGUUCUUACGAUCUCUCCUUCGAGGAGGUCGUACUUAAAGGCCUUGCAUCAGACGGCGGGCUUUUCAUUCCCGAAGCGAUACCUUCUUUACCUUCGGAUUGGCAAUCUAAAUGGCGCAGCUACAGUUUUCAGGAGCUUGCGUUUGAAAUCUUCUCGCUGUAUAUCUCGCCGUCGGAAAUUCCGCCGAAUGACUUGAAAGAUAUCAUUGCGCGGAGCUACGGGACGUUUAGGGCGCCAGAUAUCACCCCGCUAGUAACCUUGGAAGAGAAGAAGAAGCUAUAUCUGUUGGAGCUGUUUUGCGGGCCGACCUUUGCGUUCAAAGAUGUCGCAUUGCAGUUCCUUGGUAAUCUGUUUGAAUACUUCCUUGUCCGACGGAAUCAGGGCAAAACCGGGAAGGAUAGGCAUCACCUUGUUGUCGUCUCUCCCAUCCAAGAAGCACAAAUGACGACAGUGCUAGAUUCGAAUGUUCAUAAUCUCAGUGUGGAAGGGUCCUUUGAUGAUUGUCAGGAUAUCGUGAAGGCCCUAUUCGCCGAUCCUGAAAUCAAUAGAGCUCAUAAGCUAGCGGCCGUGAACUCCAUAAAUUUCGCUCGUAUCUUGGCGCAAAUGACAUAUUAUUUCCAUUCCUACUUCCAGCUUAUCCGUUCGCCAAGUUACAUCGAAGGCAAGCCAGUGAGGUUCGUGGUGCCAUCAGGGAAUUUUGGCGAUAUCCUCGCAGGCUGGUUCGCCAAGGAAAUGGGUCUUCCCGCAGAGAAACUGGUUAUUGCAACGAAUGAAAACGAUAUUCUUGACCGUUUCUGGAAGACGGGGGCAUAUACGAAACAAGCUCAAGCCCGCGAUGCCAGCGCCGGGUCAGGAGAUGAAAUCGCCAACGCACAAGGGAGCGUGAAAGAAACUCUGAGCCCAGCCAUGGACAUCCUUGUCUCCAGCAACUUCGAACGGCUACUCUGGUACCUUGCAUUCGAAGUAAAAUGCGAAGGGGACAUUACCAAACGACGCGCGUCCGCUGGCGAAACCGUCCGCACAUGGCUCAACGAACUAAAGACCAAGGGAGGUUUCAGCGUAGACUCCAAGGUCCUAUCGCUGGCACAAAAAGAUUUAGAAAGUGAGCGCGUGUCGGACGACGAGACCAUCGAAACGAUCCGCUAUACCUAUUCGACGUGCUUUCCCGGCGGGCCAGCUAGCCAUGGAACCAGAGGUCAAACAGGCGGCUAUAUUCUCGACCCUCACUCCGCAGUCGGUGUCGCGGCAUCGCUGCGAUCUAUCUCCCGUUUCCCCGAAUCAUUCCACAUUUCACUGUCCACGGCGCAUCCGGCGAAAUUUGCGCAAGCUGUCGACCUUGCGUUGCGGGGCCAACACGGCUACUCCUUUGAUGAAGUCUUACCGCCGGAGUUUGUUGGGCUGGAACAUAAGGAGCGCCGGAUCAUUGUGGUGCCUGCAGGCGAGGGAUGGCAGACUCCCAAAAGAGACCCGAUCAGCAAAGCUGAGCGACCCCGCGUGCGUAGCGGGGCGCCUUAUGGCAUGAUGAAGCAGGCUGGAGCUUUCCCACUCUACUAUAUAAAACACCGAUUGAAAUCCGACCUCCAUGCUCUCAACGGCGCCUUUGCUAACCACGAGCGCGCCAUCCAAACCGAGCAACCGCAGCUGCCAUACAACCAGGUCCUCAAAACCGCCUAUGAACGCCUGGCAAUCGAGACACACACCCAACCCCAGGCAUGUAACGAUCGAACAGCAACCCAACUCCUGGAUGAAGAAUCAUCCAUCUUCGCCGCCUCCAUCUCCACCUGGCCUGCUUUCCACGACACCGUCGACGCAAUGCGCCGGCUGAAAACCCGCUUUAAGCUAGUCCCAAUCUCGAACGUCGACCGUGCCUCGUUUGACAAAACCCUCCGCGGCCCCUUAGCCGGAGUCCAUCGUGACCUCGCGGGCUCACAUGAACCUUUCUUCGACGCGGUCUACACGGCGCAGGAUAUCGGGUCGUAUAAACCCGAUCUGCGCAAUUUUGAGUAUUUGAUAUCUCGUGCCAAGCGGGAUCUAGGGGUGGAGAAGGAUGAUAUUUUGCAUGUCGCGCAGAGCUUGUAUCACGAUCAUGAGCCGGCGAAGAAAGUCGGGUUGAAUAGUGUUUGGAUUGCUAGGGGUGAGGGUGGUGCCAGCGCGAUGGGUGGGGAGGUUGCAGAGUAUGUUGCGACGGGAAAGGUGGCUUUUGGAUGGAAGUUUGCUAGUUUGGGGGAGCUGGCGGACGCAAUUGACAAGGAAGCGGCUGAGUAG